AUGAUGUCGCAGAACACUCGGACUCUCUCUCUGAUUCUCUGUAUGCUCUCGUACCUGCUUAUAGGAGCCGCUGUGUUUGACGCGCUGGAGUCAGAGACCGAAAUCAUCAGGAAGAAAAUAUUAGAAGAGAAACGAGACGAACUGAAAAAGAAAUACAACUUCACCGAUGACGAUUAUGACGAGAUUGAACGGGUGAUUCUGUUGUCGGAACCUCAUCGUGCUGGAAGGCAAUGGAAAUUCACAGGAUCCUUUUAUUUUGCUAUUACGGUCAUCACAACGAUAGGUUAUGGACAUGCCGCUCCUGGUACAGACGCAGGCAAAGCCUUUUGCAUGUUUUACGCAGUUUUAGGCAUUCCUUUGACACUAGUGAUGUUUCAGAGUUUGGGUGAGCGUAUGAACACAUUUGUGCGUUUCCUGUUGCACAGGACUAAAAAGUGUCUUAGGUUGUGCAGGACUGACGUUUCUAUGGGAAACAUGGUACUAAUGGGCUUCCUGUCUUGCCUUGGCACUCUGUGUGUGGGGGCAGCUGCUUUCUCCUACUUUGAGGGGUGGACUUUCUUCCAUGCCUUCUACUACUGCUUCAUCACCCUCACCACCAUUGGCUUUGGGGACUUUGUAGCUCUUCAGAAAAAAGAAGAUCUGGAGAAGAAAACUCCCUACGUGGUCUUUAGUUUCAUAUAUAUACUGAUCGGACUCACUGUGAUUGGAGCUUUUCUAAACCUCGUGGUGCUGAGAUUUCUUACCAUCAGUGGAGAGGAGGUGGAAGGCAGGGAGAGCAGGGCUCAGAGCGUUUCGUUCAGAAGGGAAAGAUCCAGAGUGGAAGAGAACACAACCACCCCGACCCCAGAGGAUGGACGGGGAAGCCAGGGUAACCUUUUCCUACCUAUGUUGGAGACAUCUAGUUGCACCAACCUCAUCCCUUCUCCGGAUGAGGUACAGAGAAUGGUCUGCAAGCGAAGGAGCCUUCUCCUUCCUCCGAAACCUUGUAUCAGUUCAUUUUGCUCCUGUAUCUGUUAUGGUAUGAGUGCCUGUGACAGUCCCGGCUCCACCUCACUGCAAAGUGAGGACCACGGCUCUCUCUCCAACCCUAUCUUCUACAACUCCAUCUCCUACAAGGUAGACGGAGCAUCUCUCUGUAUUUCUGCUGCCAGCUCCACCACUGCUAACGGCUCUGCCUCACGCAGGAAAUCAGUAUAG